GCACAGGCUUCAUCAAAGAAGCAAUGCGCUGCCUGAAUGCAUACAAACUCUGGAGCACCAUUGGGAGGAUCUGGAUGAUAAUCGGAAGCAAAGCUUUGCUCAAAUGGCCGUUGUUACAAGGGAAUACAUGAAGGGCGGGGGCAGCAUCAACAUCCCAGAUGCAAAGGAUGUAGCUUAUCUGCUGGCGCGCUUUGCAUGCAACAAUCACACCAUCUGCGAUGAUGAGCUCAGGCCUAUAGGUGUAGGCAUUUACCCACAGGGAGCGAUGCUGAACCACAGCUGCACCCCGAAUACAAUGCAGUCAUUCCAUGGAUCGCGAAUCGUGUUCCGCGCAGUGCAGCACAUACCUGCCGGCGCAGAGGCCACGAUCGCGUAUGUUGAGCUGGCAGCAACGCGUGCAGAGCGGAGCGCUGCGCUCAGGGCAAAUUAUUUCUUUGACAUUGACGCUGGCAAGGAGCACUUGUCAUCACCCUCGAAGGAGAUCACACUACAUGACAGCUUGAGAAUGGAGCUCUACAGAGCGCCUUCCUGGGGCAUGGAUCCGCAUGAUCCUAUGCUCACAAGCUUGAGCAGCAGUGCAGGUAGCGGUGCGAAUGCUUCCAGAGUGCGAAUAGAGAGGCAUGCUUCCUUCCUCGAGCCUGACAGUGAGGAGGCAGAAGCAGGACUGUCCCAGAGUCCUUCAAAUGCGCAGGAGUGGGUAGUGAAUGUGCAGUGCUGGGGGCCAGCCUUCUGGCAAGGGGAUGGCAAUGACAGCUUGGAAGCUUUCAAAGCAGAAACAGUGGCGGGUAUGCUUGCCGACGCUGUGCACUCGCACACCAGAGCCACUGACCUUGUGUCUCAGAGCCGAGCAGCUGAGGCUUGCAGCAUAGCCAAAAGAGCGCUGCAAUCAUUCGGCGAAGGCAUGCAGACUCACAUCUGGCGGAUGCGGCUCUUGGAGGUGCAACUCCGAGCAGCCAUAGAAUGCGGCAACCAGUGGGAAGCUGCCUUGGAAGCUGCUCAAGCCCUGCUGCAAUUCUACCGCUGGCUGUACCCCAAGGUCUGGCCAAAUUUGGGCCUGCAUUUGGCUACUUUGGCGAAGAUUGCGGCGCUCCUUGAGCAGGAUGAGGAAGCUGCCAAGCAAGCGGAGGCAGCAGCUUCUACCUUGCGCAUCACACAUCCAGAGAGCCCGAUUUUGCAAGAGAUGCUGCGGUUGUGGCAUGAUACAAAGGCCUUGCUCAGCGCCAAUGCUGAUGACUAG